CUGGCCUGACCUCCUCAGCUUUUUUGCCAAAGCUGUAGCCAGUGCACGCAGCAGGAGAGCAGCCACUGAUAUGAUCGUGACUAAGAUCUCCAUCUUUUUAGGAGAAAUGCCGCGAGACUUUUGUAACUUUUUGAGCUUGUCUCUGAAAGUCUGAAACACAGCUGCUGUCAGGCUUCACCUCAGACAGGUCCAUGAGGUCCAAUCUCACAUGGGGCGUCUGGAGACAUCAGACAAACAAUCAGUGCACUUAGUAGAAAAUGAGAUACAGGCAAGAAUAGACAAUAUAUUUAGCAACUUGGAACGUCUGGAAAUCCUGUCCAGCAAAGAGCCUCCCAAUAAGCGACAGAAUGCUAAACUCCGAGUUGACCAGCUGAAAUACGAUGUUCAGCAUCUGCAGACAGCCCUGAGGAACUUCCAGCAUCGUCGUUACAUCCGUGAGCAGCAAGAGCGGCAGCGAGAGGAGCUGCUCGCACGGACCUUCACUACUAAUGACUCUGACACCACCAUACCGAUCGACGAAACUUUACAGUUUAAUGAAUCCCUGCAGAGUGCCCAUCGUGGCAUGGAUGAUCUUAUUGGCAGUGGGACCAACAUCCUGCAGGGCCUGAGGGACCAGAGAGUGACACUAAAGGGUACGCACAAGAAGAUCCUGGAUGUUGCCAACAUGCUGGGCUUAUCCAAUACAGUGAUGCGAUUGAUUGAGAAGCGAGCCUUUCAAGAUAAAUACUUCAUGAUUGGGGGAAUGAUUUUGACUUGUGUAAUUAUGUUUCUUGUGGUGCAGUAUCUGACAUGAGCUGCUAAACUGUUGCCAGAGGAGAUCGUCUUUUGGAGCAAAAUGGACUGUCCUCAAAAACGUCCUGCCUGCUUUCCUCUAAGCGCCACUUUGGAUGAGCCCUUCCUGUGAGCUUCAGAGUUUACAAAUCACACUCAAAUUCACAUCUCAUGUGGAAAACUCAUAGGGGGACAAAUUCCUCUAUAGCUGAGAAUACGACCCUAUGAAAAUCCAUAGCCUUUCCUGUUCUUACCUGACUGUAAGUUUAAGCAUCUGGUUAAGUAGGAAGAAGUGAAUAUUUUGCCCAGCUUGUAUUGCACAGUAUGAGUGACCUUGGAUAGGGAGGAGAGGAAGCAGCGGCAGUUGGAGAGGUAGCGAGCCCUUCCUGGGCUAACUAGAUGUGAUCUCCCUGUAUUUCAUAGAGAAAGGAAGCCACCAGUGAGCAUUCCGCAGUGCUGUGGGCACGUUUUUGUAGAGCUAGGGUGCAAAAAGGGGCAAGAAGUGAAGGAUUCACAUCCACAUGGGCUUUUUCUGGGAAGGAGAAAGCUUUUGGAGGGAGGGCUCUUUGAAAGCACAGUAACAACCUCUGCUAGCUUUUUUGUAUAACCAUGUAGCACAACUCUUCUUGGUUUGGGCUGAAAAGCCUCUCAUCUGAGGUGGGUUUUGGUACCUUUCUGUGCCCUGCUGCUUCCCAGUGGAAGCUGAAUGCUGGGUUUCCUUCUGCUUAUUAGCCGGUUUCACGGUGCCUCCUAUAACCGCAGUCCCUUCCCGUUUCACCCUUCGCUUAGGAAGGGCUGCGUCUCCUUCUCCAGCCACGUGCAGAUGAGGUUCGUCACCCCCACUGCGUCUUGUAUCAAAUCCAACCUGCAAAGACCGUAAAGACUUCGACAUUGUUGUUCCUGCGGUGCAUUGUCCAUCGUGCGGAUUGUUUGCAUUUGCUGAGGUGGUUGGUUGGGGUUUUGUGCUUUGCAGCUGGUAUUUGUGGAUUAGAUGAAGUGAGCAAGUCCUUGCUUUGCUCAAAUUCUGCCUUGUGAUAUUUCUGUUUAGAUCUGAAAUGGACUUUCAUGCUAUUCUUUACGUUCAGAAUAAUAGUAGGACCAGGGCAAGGAACCUUUCAUUAAAAAUGAGUUGGCAGGGGAAGAGAGUUUCCUGGAAUUGUCUGCUCGUAUUUAAAUAUUCACAAUUAAGAAAUGACUUGUUUAAAUAUGUUACUCCUUUUCUCUGCAGAUUGUGGGGACCCUUAAGAGUGGUGAUCCGGAGAUUUUGGGCAUCAUCCAUUUCAAACAGCCUUCAGAUACUUUCCCACCUUCAGUUCUGUGUCAAGUCUGGAGCAUUUCCAUAUGGAAUAGGUGCAGCUGUGUCCUGUUCAGGUGACGUGGCAUUCUGCUGGGAAUUCCUGCUGACUGCAACGGUUGCAGGUCUUUUAAUUAGUAACAGAUUGUUAGUUCCAUAUCUUAUCUUUCUUUGAUGCAAUGGGCUUUGCUCUGAGUGUUAUGUAGCCUGCUGCAGACUUGGAGGAAUGGUAUUAAAUAUAAAAAAAUGAAGCAUCAGUUAAUAUGGGCAGGUAAAGCAGGUAGGAGCGGUGUUUGUUUACAGCUGUGUGAGUAAAGUAUUGGCUGACCCCUGUGCUGCUGCAUAGAUGAAAAGCCCAAAAGAGCCUGCCUGAAAUUGGGUAGACUCUGACAGACUGGGCAACUUGAUGUUUUGGACCCAGGAGAACCGGUUGUUGGAAGGCUCUCUGGAGGCUGAGGUGCCCUCAGUGCCUCAAUAAGGUGCCCUCAGUGCCCUGGACCUUUCAGGAGAGGAAGGCAUGAAGGCUCUUGUGGCUCCUGCCUGCUGCAACUGCCUGUUUGUGCAUGUGAAUGGUUGGUGUUUUUGCAGCAUUCUGUGCUCUGAAUGGAUAUUCCUCAGUUGGUUAGGCUUCCUCAAAACACCCCAGCAGACCAGCUAAAAAUUCAGUUUACAUUUUUGUGUUUAGCCAGAGAGAGAAGGGAAUUAAAGGAAAAGAGGAGAUCUUGCAGGGACAGUUUUUCUGUCUUGCUGUGUCUUUAAUCUAAAUCUUAAAUCUAAAUUUACCUUAAGGUCUAAACCUUAGGCCUUUAGCCUAUUAUGCGCUUGUAUGAUCAUCAUCUGUGAGAUCAGUUGGGCUCCCUACAAGGCAUCCCUGGCAAUUUCUUUUUCCUAUUUCUGAUAAGCUGAUCCAAUUCCACUUGGAUUUUACAACCUGAUGGCUUAGUCUCGAGAAGAUGAUAUUUGACAACACAGUUGUGACUUAUGUAUCAAGCUUUGUCUCAAUCUAAGGUAGAACUCCAGCUAAUUUGUUUUCCUUUCUUGGCUAGAAGUAGGUGUCAAAAAAUUACCGUGGCUGGAGUUCUCUUUUGGGAUUAACUUAGCAUUUUAGUAGACACUUCUUUGUUGAUUUAUUUUGUCCUUUUAGACCAUCCUUGUCCUUGCGUAGGCUCUUUCUCCUCUGUAAGCCAAGUGUCCUUGCUAUUCGCUGUGUUUUAAGGUGGGGUGCAGGGCUUGAAGGAGCCACUUAGAUAACUGCACUUGACAGCAUGUGAUUUCAAGCAAAGUUAUACUAGAUGCUGAGCCCAAAAGGACUUGUGGGCUGUCUCAGACGGUCAGUGUAAAACCCUCCAAGCCCCCAUCAUUAUGGGGUGCCACAGAAGGACGUGCCUAGGGUCAGGAUCCCGAUCACU